AACCCUUGUUCAUCGAUAAGAUCAAACACAACGGUUUUGAUCUGGGACUCAGAAACAUCCUUAAUCUUGUAGGGAUUUCGACGGACGAGGAUCAAACUGACGCAUUUCAGAGCUAAUCGGAAGGAAUCAGUAUCAGCUUCAGCCUAUUUGGGUUCUCUACCAGUUUAUUCGAUUAAACCCUAACUCUUUUGGCUAAGUGAUUCACACAAGUCAAAAGUUGCGUAUCUUCUUUGUUUGUGCUGGGUUUAGUUAGAUGGAAGGAACAAAGCCCUAGUUAAGUAGACGAACAUGGAUGCCAAGGACAUAUUGGGUUUACCCAAAACGACAUUGUCAUUAUCCCAGGAUAAGAAACCGAGGCCGCAGAAAGAAUCACAAAGAAAGCCUGAUGGCAUUUCCCGCGAGGUUUACGCUCUUACAGGUGGUUUGGCACCCCUUAUGCCUAGCAUUGAUAUUGCUCAGCUGAAGCGACGACCUCAACCCGAGAAUGAGAAGAUUACUUGGCAAUGGCUUCCAUUUUCAAAUUCUGCUAGAAAAGAUGAUUUGCAGCUUUACCACUGGGUCAGAGUUGUUAAUGGCGUUCCUCCAACCGGCGACUAUUCUUUUUCAAAGUUCAACAAGUCUGUUGAUAUCAUCAAGUACACUGAAGAGGAGUAUGAAAAGCAUUUGAAUGAUCCUACAUGGACAAAGGAAGAGACUGAUGAGCUGUUUGACUUGUGCGAACGCUUUGAUCUUCGCUUUGUAGUGGUUGCUGAUAGGUUUCCUUCCUCUCGUACUGUAGAAGAACUGAAGGAUCGUUAUUAUAGUGUAUCUCGAGCUAUGCUAAAUGCGAGGGCUCCAUCACCCGGAGAGGUUGCUGUGAAUCCUCUUGUUAAGGAUCCAUAUAAUGUAGUCCAAGAGACUGAGCGAAAGCGAGCUUUGUCCAUGGUCCUUUCUCAUACUAAGCAGCAAGAUCGUAAAGACACAGAGGUUCUCGCUCAAGCAAAGAGGAUAACAGAGUCACGCAAGACUGUGAAGGGUGUUGUAGCAACGGAGUUAUCAAUCACAGCAAAUGCUGGUGCAGAUGAAACUGAUAGGACUGUCGUUCCUGCUGAUACUGCAUCCCCUUCAUCCAGUAUUCAGUUUGCUUCUGCAAAUGUCGUGCCUCCAAUUUCAACAGAGGACAGUGCAUCCACUUCUGCCACUCUUCGCAUGCUUCAAGUUUACACUAGAACUUAUGCACUAGAUCAAAUGGUGCAAGCUGCUAGUGCUUCCGCUGGACUUCGAACAAUAAAGCGUGUUGAGCAAACUUUACAAGAGCUUGGGGUUAAUUUGAAGCCAAAAGUCCCAACUAAAGCUGUAUGUGCGGAGCAUCUUGAGCUCAGAAAGGAAAUACUGACUUUACUGAACCUUCAGAAGCAGUUGCAGUACAAGGAGACAGAAGGUUCAUCUCAUCGUGAAAACAGUCAAUAUGCUGAAACACCUAGCACUCCACCUAAGAGAGUUUUGGAUCAAGAUAGGACUUUUAACCCCGACUCCUCCGGCUUUGGAGGAGAAAGGGUUGUGAAAAGAGACCAAAAACGCAAGAUACCUGGAAGGUCGUCAGAAGCACCAUCAUCUCCAGCUCAGUCGAAACGACCUAGAAAGUUGAAGGCUUCGGAUGGAUGAUCGAGCUUAAAUAUCAAGAGCUGUCUUUUGCUUUGGACCUUUAUCUGCUGCUUAGGCUCGUUUGAAGGUUCAAAUCAUAAUCAGAAUACUAUGAUCGACAACCACUUGCAAUUACUUUUAGAUUUUAGGUAGACAACAAUGUAAGUCACAAUUGCAGCAUUUUCAGUUCGACGAACUUGCUGCUAGCUGAGACUGAAAGGUCGACAUGUGAUUUCCCCAUUUUACCCCUGUUAUAGUACUGUUGAAAAUUUGGAAGUGAAAUAACCUUUAUUACCUAUUGAUUGUUUUGUCUAUGUGAGAAUGAACAUGACUUUUCUUUACUAGUUGGAUAUUUCAUGAAACUUUGAUCGAUCCAUCAGUUUGAAACUCAAAGGUGGUUGUCAAAUUAAUGGAAGGAGGAACAAGUUGGUGGUGGUGGUGAAUGGUUGAAUAAAUAAAUAAAUGUUGCAGUUGGCUAGCUUUCGAAAAAGGCAUGACAUCUAUUUAAUUGAUUGAAUUGGCAGUUGGGACCAUUCAUUUACAACUAGUAUUAAUAAAAUAUUUUCUUAUUUACCCAUCA